AUGACCUGCCCCAUUUUCAAUCUUGCUCUUCUCAACCAUUCACAUCUUAUUGCAUCAUGGAUAUCCCUAAAGCAUCUCCACGAGACAAGCAUCGAAGUGUGGACCGAGUGGUUUAAUAACCAGAGCACAGAGUGGCAGAACGAACUCAAUAAGAGGACACUUCGAAAAGUCGACAUGCGACUCAUGCCCACACUUGUCAUCAUGUACUUGCUCAACUUCCUAGAUCGCUCUAACCUUGCCCAAGCGCGUCAGGGUACCCUGGAGGUAGACCUAGAAAUGUCUGGCACCGACUUCAACUUGGCUACAUCCAUCUUCUUCGUCGGCUAUCUGCUGAUGCAGCUGCCGUCCAACUUGCUUCUCACCCGCGUACGACCCUCUUGGUACCUCAGUGCCUCUUGUUGCCUAUGGGGAGUUGUGUCGACGUGUAAUGCCGCUGCGCACUCCUUCACACACCUUGUGGUCAUUCGAUUCUUCCUUGGCUUUGUUGAGGCCCCCUUCUUCCCCGGCGCCAUCUUUCUCAUGAGUUCAUGGUACACUCGUGCUGAGCUUAUUCGCCGCGUGGCCUGGCUUUAUGCUGGAAAUGCCUUGGCCAAUAUGUUUGGCGGCCUGCUGGGCGCGGCCAUUCUUGGUGGGCUUGAAGGAUCGAAGGGAAUCGAAGGGUGGAGGUGGUUAUUCAUCAUCGAGGGUGUGGCAGCCAUCGCUUUUGCGAUGCUUGCCGCUUUUAUUCUCCCCGACUACCCCCACACCACCAAAUGGUUGACCCAAGAGGAACGUGCCUUUGCUGCCUGGAGACUCACCCAGGACAUCAGCGAGGCCGAUACGUAUGGCGAACAAACUGUCUGGGACGGUGUCAAGAUGGCCGUCCGUGACUACCGCGUAUACGUCUUCCUGCUCAUCCAGCACGUUAGCUUACUCUCGCAGACUUUCCAGUAUUUCUUUCCCACCAUUGUUGGCACGCUUGGCUAUGGUCGUAUCGUUACCUUGUGGCUUACGGCUCCGGCUUGGUUUGCCACUUUCCUCCUCUCUAUUUGUGUGACAUUGAGCUCGGCGAAGACAAAUGACAGAUCCUUGCACAUUGUUUGUCUCAUGCUGCUGGCAGCCGUCGGAAACGCGAUUGCUGCCGGGACAACUGUCGUUGGGGCCCGCUUCUUUGCCAUGUUUCUUAUGCCAAUGGGGGCUGUGUCUUCCUACCAAAUCAUCGUGUCAUGGGUAGCAAAUUCCUUUCCCCGUCCGCUUGUCAAACGUUCAGCCGCAAUUGCUAUUUGCAACAUGAUUGGCAAUACCGCAACCAUUUACGGGUCAUACCUUUAUCCCAGCAGCGAUAGCCCUCAGUACCGACCCGGAGGAAGCGCAAACGCGGCCAUCUGUGUUGUCGUCGCUCUGCUUGCCCUCCUGCUACGCUACAUCCACAAGUGGGAGAACAAGAAGCUUGAGCGUGCUGAAGAGGAUCGGAACGAUGCCACAGAAGGAGGAGGCAAAGCCACUGCUGCAUCUGGCCGUCAGCUCCCACAGCCGGGGUUUCGAUAUAUCUAUUGA